AUGACAACUUCUUCCAAGAGGAGCAGAAGAUCUGAACUGGCAGCCUCAGUUGAGCCCAUAGAGUUCAACAAGGAUCAGUAUUCCAUUCUCAUGGAAAUCAAGGAUCAGCAUGAGUUGAAGGCACCGGCAGAAAUGAAGACGCCCUACAAAAACAGGGACAAAAGUAAGUACUGUCAUUUCCACAAAGAUUGUGGUCAUGAGACGAAUAAGUGCAAGCAUCUCAAGAGAGCAUUGGAGGAUCUAGCCCGAAAGGCCGGAGGUCCUACAACUCGCGGCCACAAAAAUUAUCUAAGGGAACUCAGCCAGGUGAUGCUCACUAAUCAGGCAAAGUCUGAUCCUUUCCCCAAAAUAGUGGUCAACGAGCAGGAUAGAGGAAAGAUAAGAACCCCUCAUGACGACCCACUAGUGGUUGAAAUGAAGAUUGCUAAUCUCAAGGUAAGACGGAUCCUGAUUGACACAGGAAGUUCUACCGAUAUCAUCAGCGCGGAUUGCUUGUCAAGAUUGAGGUUUGAUGAGAAUGAUUUAGUCCCUGUCAAUCACCCGAUAACCGGCUUCAACGAUGGGGUUAUUCAUCCCAUGGAAACAGUUACCCUACCCGUCAGGGUAGGAGAUAUAGAUGCCGCGAGGACGCUUUUUGUGAAGUUCCUGGUAGUACGCAUACAAUGUCGUCCUCGAACGACCUACCUUAAACCACAUCAAAGCUGCCAUCGUAACUCAUCUAAUGCUCAUGAAAUUUGA